CAAAGCCUUGCCACUCUGGAACUGCGGCCUCUAUCCUAUUUCUUGACCAUCCAGCUACAGUGGAUCAUAUUCUUAGCAUGUGAGGGUAUUAGACUGCUCGAGCCAUUUAUUCUGGUUCCAGUCAUGAGCUCUAGCUCUUCCUAUCAUUCCACUCCCUUUUCUUCUGUCGAACCCGCUCUUCCUCUCCCACAACCAGAACCACAACCGAUCCGCCCCUCGCCACACGAUCAUUCUCGACAGCGGCUGCCACAGCCCUUCCGACAAUCUUCACCCAGGCUCUUCCGCGCUUUCUUCAAUGCUAUGUCAGAUGGUGCCUCCCACAGGCAAGCCAUACUCCCUCGUCCUGUGCCCAGUCACCAAGACUCCUCUCACGAAGUCAACCGCGCCCUCGAGAACGCAAACCGCGCCGUCCAAGACGCCAACGAAGCCUUCCAAGCCAGAAGACCGAUAAGAGGAAACGAGGCUAGAAGAUUGCGGACAGACAGCGAGGUGCCCAGUCAGCCAGUGGACUUGACGGCGCAGACGCAGGCGAGCGCCUCCCCGCAAAGAUCAGACAGUUCACUUUCAGCCCAAAGUCAUUACAUCUCCCAAACCACACAUCCUCACGAUUCUUCCUCUGCCCAUCGGUCAAGGAGGCUGAACGCCCUCGACGAACCCGUCUACGGUCCUCGGCACACCAGCUCCGACCACCACCGACCUGGUCUCUCCGCAAGCUUCAGAUUCUGGCACGCCGGCCCUGGAGCUCUCCUGGAUACAAAUUACCCGCUGGUGGACGGCCGGCUGCCACCAACUUUCGAGGAAGAGGCCAUUAGUCGUCAACGAGAAAACCACCAAAAUUGGGAGCGCACUCAAGCCAGAAGUAGACACCGUCAGCGUGCCGAGCAGGGACAAACCCAAAGCCAGAGCCAGAGCCAGAGCCAGAGCCAAGAUCCUCCACAAGGCACUAUGUCGCCUCCCUCCUCAUCUCUGAGGAGCACCACUCAUUCUUCUCACCGUCACCAUCUGUCCACAUCAGACGCCGAAGCAGAAGAUCCCUUGAUCGAAUCCGUUGAUCUCACUGCUGUGGACGACUCUGAAACCCUCUCCGCUGCUCUUGCAAAGCAGAGACAAGACGCCAUCUUAGCUCAGAACCCGGGAACGGCAGAAAGCGGCCGCACGUCACUCACCGCGUACAAAUGUCCAGUUUGCAUGGAUACGCCUACUGAUGCAACGUCUACGGCGUGCGGGCACGUCUUUUGCCAUCGUUGCAUUGUCGAUACUCUCAAGUGGUCUAUUGAAACACGAAGAGAAAACAUGCCGGCGUCUCGCAAGACCAAAGGCGUGUGUCCUGUGUGCCGCAAAACGCUGGAUAUGAAGGACACACCGGGAGCGGGCAGGGGUUUGAUCCCUCUGGAAUUGAAGCUGAUGGUGAGAAAGCGGAAAAGAGAGGACGACUCGGAUGAGAAGGUCCAGGGGAAAGGAAAGGGGAAAGCCAGGGGAACAUCGUUAGCCAAGGCUGAAACGCUGAGCGACGACGAGGGGGACGAACACGGCGGAAAGAGUGAUCGGGGAGGAAAAAAGACAGAACGUGACACCUUGGACGAGGCCCUUUGGGGCACCUUCAUCAACGAACAAGCCUAGGCUGCUUCUUGAAUUCGGACCUUGAUGGAGGUGAUCAUCUCGGUACAUGGUCUGAGCACAGCCUAUGUGGGAGAUUGUGCUCCAACACUGGAAUGGGGCUGGCCAUGGAACGGCCGAAGACGGGUAUCAUGGCGUGGUAUUGCGUGUUAUUGGAUGGGAAACUUGCUUCAGUCUUGUUUUUCUUUUCUUUCUACGUUAUUCGUUUGACGAUACCCAUGAAAUGAGUUUGAUGACCUGCAUUGUUGGGACGAAGGGGGUGCUAUUUCUAGGAAGAGGCUUUCCGUGAGAUGAAAUGGUAGUAUCUCUAGGUUAGAGGUUUCGAUGUGAAGAAUAGACCAGGAGAUGGACCCCCAAGAUGGGAUCAGGUCCAUUGACCGGGGCUGAAACAAUACCUAGCUCUACAAAUCACUCACUCUGUCUCGAACGAUAUCUGUUGCGGUGGUGAAGAGGACACGCGCAAUGCCCAUCCGGCUCUGCAAGAUCUAUGUGUCCUGGACAUAUGUACCGCACAUAUGUAGUCCAGGAGACCAUUUGGGCAGAAAAGGUACUCUUCGUAUACAGAGAGACGGGGUAUGUACGCGUGACGUGACUGAUUCACGAGAAAGGAAACUACAAAACACAGAGCUAGCUAGGAACGGGAGAGAAAUCCAAGAUGAUAC